AUGGCGACCCUUUCUGCCUUUGCACCGCCCUCGUGGCCUGACCCCAACUCCAACGCCACUUUCCUGUCCGAAGCCAUCGACGACACCUCGAGUGUCGCCGAUUCGUCGAUGACAGCCGACGACCACGCCCCCCAAUCACCCCCGGACCCUAACCCUAAUGUCCACAGCAACCCCUUCUCCGUACCCCAAGAGCUGCCAACCCCUCCUGCGUCACGCUCGCCUCCGUCGCUGUUUCACCUGUCCUUCAACCAGGACCACGCCUGCUUCGCCGCGGGUACGGACCACGGCUUCCGGAUCUACAACUGUGAUCCAUUCCGCGAGCUCUUUCGCCGGGACUUCGACAACGGCGGCGGAAUCGGCGUCGUUGAGAUGCUCUUCCGCUGCAACAUCUUGGCCAUAGUCGGCGGUGGGCCGGACCCUCAGUACCCCACCAACAAAGUCAUGAUCUGGGACGACCACCAGGGCCGGUGCAUCGGCGAGCUCUCCUUUCGCUCCGUUGUCCGGUCCGUACGGCUCCGCAGGGACCGAAUCGUCGUCGUUUUGGAGCAGAAGAUUUACGUGUACAACUUCGCCGACCUAAAGCUGCUGCACCAGAUUGAGACGAUCGCGAACCCCAAAGGGCUCUGCGCUGUGUCGCAAGUGGCCGGGUCACUGGUGCUGGUGUGCCCUGGCUUGCAGAAAGGGCAGGUCAGGGUUGAGCAUUACGGGUCUAAGAGGACCAAGUUCAUCAUGGCUCACGAUUCCAGGCUUGCGUGCUUUGCGCUCACACCCGACGGCCAGUUGCUCGCCACCUCCAGCAACAAAGGGACUCUUGUUCGGAUUUUUAAUACGCUUGAUGGAACUUUGCUUCAAGAGGUAAGGAGGGGUGCGGACAGAGCAGAAAUCUAUAGUUUGGCAUUCUCUUCAACUGCUCAGUGGCUAGCAGUCUCUAGUGACAAGGGAACUGUCCAUGUUUUCAACCUUAAGGUGAAUUCUGGGUCCUCUGGAAAUGAGAAUUCACGAACUGCAUCUGAUCCUAAUCUUGCUGUUUCAUCAUCAAACUCCUCUCUUUCUUUCAUCAGAGGGGUGUUGCCUAAGUAUUUUAGCUCAGAGUGGUCUGUGGCUCAGUUUCGCUUGCUUGAGGGCUCUCAAUACAUUGUUGCUUUUGGUCACCAGAAGAAUACAGUGGUAAUUCUUGGCAUGGAUGGAAGCUUCUAUCGAUGUGAGUUUGACCCAGUGAAUGGAGGAGAGAUGACCCAGCUGGAAUAUCACAACUUUCUAAAGCCAGAAGAAGCCUUUUGA